AUGAAGCCUUCUCAGCAGUCCGACAGAAACAUGGAAGCAAAGUGUGGCAUUUUGAGACCAGAGAGUACCACUUUCUCUGAGGACAAUAAUUCUGAUAGUAACAUUGAAGAUGUGGUUGAAACAUUUCCCAAACCAUCACCCUGGUUUGAGGGCAUCUGUCAGCCUGCCUUCCCAUCACUUGAGCCUGUUCCAAAACUUCUCAAGUCUGUAGCAGGCCUUGGUCCUGCAAAGCAGAGUGUUUCUGAGAGCCUUCCACAGAAGUAUGUGGGUCAUUUGCCUGGAACUGCUGGUCAAAGAGAAAAAAAGACAUUAAAUGAACAAAUAGAAGAGUCUCCUGAGAAAUAUCCUAAUGUGAAGCAGGCCGUUGGAGUGAAAGAUUCUGUUCCUAAUAAAGCAGUCAGAAUAAAGGAUGCACAGACAUCUAAUUCAGACUGGGAUUCGACUACUUUGAGCCUCAAUAGUGAGACUUGUCAAAGAGCCAGGCAUUUGAAAGUUGAUGAUCAGCGUCCGUUGGUGUCCCAACUGGUGACCAAAAGUCAGUCAGCACCCACAGAACUCGGACAGAAGACCGCAACAGAUAAAGAAAAGAUGAAAAAUGCAGCGAUGUUUCUGGUAGGGAAUUCCAUGCCCCAUCACCCGGGCCAGUCUCCGCUGCCAGAAAACAGGGAAAGCAAACAAGAUUUGUCAGGAGAACUAGACAUGGAAGAACAAGAAAAACUUCAUGGAAAUGAAAAUAACCAUUCACAGGUUGAAGAAGAAAAGAGGCACAAAAGUAGAGAAGUGGAAGUAUCAGACCACGUAUGCGAUGCUGCUGAUGAGAGUCAAUUGAUUCAGCAGAGAAAGAGUGGAGGAAAUAACAAGCAGGAGUUUCCUGCUAUGGAGAAUAAAGGUUCCGAUGGUAGCGAUCCUGGCAUGCCCAGGAAGGAGAUAGAGAAAAAGAAAAAUGACAAAUGGACACCAGAAGAAUGUGUGAUUGUACCAGUAUUUGAAAAGACCAAUUCACUGACUGAUGGGCUGCUGCACGUGAAGGAUGACAGCAUUUUAAGGAAAGUGUAUCAAGAUGACAGCAGGCCUGCAAGGGAAACAGCAUAUGAAAAGAAGAAGGUUUCUGAUAGUGGUAGAAAGGCAAAAGGUCUGUUGCGCAAAAGCCACAUGCAGGAUGAAAUUGCCAUGCCAAGAUUAGAAAUAGACACAGGGAAAAAUCAGAACCAGGAGAAAGAAAAGAAAUGUUUUGAGGGUACUGAAAUUGUAAAAGGAGAGAAUGAUUAUCCUCAAAAGGCAAUAAAAUUGAACAAGGAAAUGUUGACAAAGGCCAUAUUCCAGCAUCCUGGCCAGCUUACCAUUCCGGUAGCUGAAAAUACAAUGCUAAACCCUGAGCUGGAGAAUGCAAAGCGAAGCAAAGAAAGACUGGAAACAGAAGUGGAAUCCUACCACUCUAGACUGGCUGCUGCCAUACACAAUCGUGAUCAAGGUCAGAUAUCACAAAGAAACCUGUCACUUGCCUCCCAGAAAGCAAAAGACAAGACGUUACGCUUGCAGGACCCAAUGAAGUUCGAUAUGGCUAAGCUGAAAAGUGACAAUGAGAUGCUUUCCCAGGGACUUUCUAAAGUGGAAAGUCAAUUCAAUACGCUAAAAAUCAAGCUGCAUCAGAUGAGAGAUGAUCUCGGAGAAAAGACUUUGAUGUUAGAACCUGUCCAGAGAGACUUACUCCAAGCAGAGCAUCAAAAGCAGGAUACUGGACACAUGUAUCAGAUUGAACAAGGCAAAGUGAAGGAAUAUCUUGGAAAGCAGGAAUCCUUAGAGGAGAGGUUAUCUCAACUCCAGAGUGAAAACAUGUUGCUCCGACAGCAGCUGGAAAAUGCACAAAAUAGAGCUGACAGUAAAGAGAAGACAGUCAUUAGCAUCCAAGACCAGUUUCAGCAGAUCAUGAAAAAUCUUCGUGCUGAACAUGAGAAACAAGGUCUGAUGCUGGAGGAAAGAAACAAGGAUUUAAUCAACAAAUGUAGUUAUUUAGAAGAGAGUGUGUGUCAGUAUGAAAAUAAGAAAGCAGAAAGAAAAGCAGUUGUGAGACAACUUUGGCAAGAACUGGCUGAUAGCCUCAAAAAGCAGUCUGCGUCAGAGGCGUCCCUGGAGGUCAUGUCACGUUAUCAUGCGAAGUUAGAAGUUGAGGCACGGGAUUUAAAGAACUUACAUCAACUCACAAGUCAGUCUCAAGAAACACAGGAUCAACAUACAGAGGCCGUGAGAUGUGCUGAAAAAACACAGGAUCACAUCCAAAAGCUUGAAAUUGAAAAUGCCGAGUUACAAACGACAGUCAAAAAUCAAGCGGGCGAAACUGAACAGCUUCAGAAAAACCUCUUAAGUAUAAGAUUGACUGAUGAUCUUCCAGCAGAGCUGGAAACUGUAUGUUCACAGUGUCUGCACAUGAAUGCAAAAAUUCAAGUUCUUCGAGAGGAGUUAUUAUUCAUGACAGGAAUGCAAAAGAAAUGUGCAGAACUAGAGAAGAAUAAAAAGAAUCUGGAGCAAAAGAUAGUGAACGUCAAAAGUCAUAUAGAAAUGAAUACGACAGAACACAGUCAAGUAGAGCAGUAUAAACAGGAGAUUGAAGAAAGAGUGAGACAGAAUCUACUAGAGAACUUAAAAGAAGUCAACAUGGUUUUACAGAUACAAGCAGCGUCUGAAAAAAUCUUAGAGCAGGCACGAGAGGAGCAUAUUGCUUCCUUAAGAAGUCAGAUGGAACUCAGAAUUAAAGAGCUGGAAUCUGAACUCUUCAAGCUGGAAACUUCUCAAGCAGAAUUGGAAAAACAUAAGAAACUCUACCUACAAGAACUAAAAGUUAGAAAGUCAUUGGAAAACAAGCUAGACAAAUGCAGCGGGAGUUGGACAGGCGUCUAA